AUGUCUCAGGAACCUGCGACAUACACCCUUUUCCUGUUUCUUGCUCUGAGCCAUGGAGUGGCGAGUCAGAGAAUGCCAGAUUCCAAUGAGGAUUUGCAUCCGUUGUUGCAAAAAAUGGCAGAAGAAAUAAUAGACGGCAGCUAUCUGAAUGCAUUACUGGAUCUCAUACAAUUUCAAAGCUCCCACGUGUGGACGGCAGACCUGUCCCAUAGAGUCCUGGCCUACCUGAAUUCACGGCAUGUUCCCUUCACCAUCUCCAGCCUGCAGGCAGCCAUGGAAAACCACCUGGAGCAGCGUUUGCACCAGCCCCAGAAGCUGCUGGAGGACCUGAGGGAAACAGACGCUCAGCGAUUCCGCACUGCCAUGAGAUGGCUCUUGGAAGACAAGAAGGGCCGCUUGGACCUCAAGGACACCGUCAUUGACUUGGGAGAGAUUCGGGAACAAGCCUUGCAGAGCCCUGGUGUGAACCGCAGCCUGUUUCUGGUCACGCUGGAGAGGUGUUUCCAGGUGUUGAACUCCCUGGAGUGUGUGGAGAUUCUGGGCAGGCUGCUGAGGGCGUCCUCAGGCGGCUUUCUCCAGCCAGACAUCAUGGAGAGGCUCCCCCGGGACCUGCGCGAGGACGCCUUUAAGAACCUAUCUGCGGUGUUCAAAGAUCUCUACGACCAAACCUCGGCUCAUUCCCAGAGAGCCGUCUACACCUGGAUGACUGGGAUCUUGCAGACGUCCUCCAAUGCCACUGAUGACUCUGUUUCAUGGGUCAGUGCAGAAAAGUUAUGGAUUUUGGGCAGAUAUAUGGUUCACCUCCCGUUUGAAGAAAUUAUGAAAAUUAGCCCUGUAGAAAUCGGGCUAUUUAUCAGCUAUGACAACGCCACCAAGCAGCUGGAUACGGUCUAUGACAUCACCCCUGAACUGGCCCAGGCGUUUCUGGAGAGGAUCAGCUCCUCCAACUUUAGCAUGAGGAAUACCUCCACCAUCCACAGGCUGGGGCUGCUGGUUUGUUUCUACGAUGACCUGGAGCUGCUGGAUGCCACGGUGGCUCAAGUCCUGCUUCAUCAGAUGAUCAAAUGCAGCCAGCUGAGGGGCUUCCAGGCUGGCGUUCAGAAGCUCAAAGCCAACCUCUUGGACAUUGCCACGGAGAACCAGACCCUCAAUGAGACCCUGGGCUCUUUGUCGGAUGCGGUUGUGGGUUUGACCUACAGUCAGCUGGAAUCCCUCUCCCCCGAGGCUGUGCACGGUGCCAUCUCCACCCUCAACCAGGUCUCAGGUUGGGCCAAGAGUCAGGUCAUCAUCUUGUCUGCCAAAUACUUGGCCCAUGAGAAGGUGCUGUCCUUCUACAACGUCAGCCAGAUGGGCGCCUUGUUGGCUGGGGUCAGCACCCAGGCCUUCUGCAGCAUGGACUGCAAGGACCUCCCGCAGGCCCUGAGAAGCACCCUUUCUCAGCAUGUGUCCGGUUUGUCACCUGCCCAGCAGCAAGGUGUGCUUAGCAAGAUGAUCGAAGCAGGAGAUCCUGCCUCAGGCAUUGUGGAGAUUCCAGGGGCUUUCUUUAAAGAAGUGUCUCUGUUCGAUUUACGGAGGGAACCUGGAUUCAACCCCGCAGUCCUGAUGGACAAGGAGCUUCGCAGGAGCCAGGCCCUGUUCCUGUAUGAGCUUCUGUUAAAGACCACCAGGAGGCCCGGGGAGCUCCUGAGUGCUGGGCAGCUGGUCAAAGGCGUGACGUGCUCGCACAUUGAUGCCAUGAGCACUGACUCCUUUCUGGCCCAUUUCCGGUAUUUCGAGAACAACCUCUUCCUGCUUUCACCGUAUCAGGUUAAUUGUUUGGCGUGGAAAUACUGGGAAGUUUCCAGGUCGUCUAUGCCACCUUUCCUGUUGGCUGCACUCCCGGCCCGCUACCUGGCUUCCAUCCCGGCCUCCCAGUGUGUGCCCUUUCUGAUCAGCCUGGGGAAGAGUCGGUUGGACUCUUUGGUUUUAGAUUCCAACAAAAAGACUUCAGUCCUCGGGAAAGUGCAGCAGUGCCUGGAUGACUCCAUUGCUGACGAGUACACUGUGGACAUCGUGGGGAACCUGCUGUGUCACUUGCCAGCAACCAUUAUCGACAGAGGCAUCUACCCCAGGGCUUGGCCCCCUGCCCUGCAUGGCCUCAGAGACUGCCCAGACCUCAGCCCCGAGCAGAAGGCUGCGGUGAGGCGCAGGCUCCUGGAACAGUAUGGGUCUCCCAAUAAUAUCCCAAGUCUUGACAAAUUUCCCGAUAUCCUUCAACAAACAGCUUCCAAGUUGGCCGGUACCCUGCCCCCUAAAGAAUUCCUCUGGGCUGUCUUUGAAUCUGUUCGGAACAGCAGUGAUGAGAGUCCCAGCUCUGACGCCAUUCCUGGUUGCCAUGGAGUCCCGGCUCCUUCUUCAGACGAUGUCUUCAAGUUGGCUGAAGCCAACGCCUGCUGGGCCCCGGAGGACCUGCUCUGCAUGGAGGAAGACACAUUCAUCAGGAACGUGGAGCUGCUGGGGGCUGUGAAGGGUUUCAGCCUGCCUCAGCUGCUGGCCCUGAAGGAGAAGGCAGUACAGGUUUGGGACAUGCCUCCUUACUGGAGAGAACACCAUAUCGUCUCCCUGGGGCGCAUUGCUUUGGCUCUUAAUGAGAGUGAGCUGGAGCAGCUGGACCUCGGCUCCAUAGACACUGUGGCUUCCCUGAGCCAGCAGACAGAAUGGACCCCAGGACAGGCUAAAUCCAUUCUGCAAGGGUUCUUGGAUGAUUCAGACUAUAGUAUCCAGGAUCUGAAGAGCUUUCAUUUAGUAGGCCUUGGUGCAACCCUGUGUGCUAUGAACAGCACCGAAAUCCCACUUAUAAAGAACUCAGAAUUCAGGGUGGUAGUGGCCAGAAUUGGGACCCUGCUCUGCAGCACCCAUGUCUUGGCCGAGUUUAAGAGGAAGGCAGAAGUCGUGUUUGGGGAUCCCACUGAGUGGACCAGCUCUGUCUUGCAGGAACUUGGGACCAUUGCAGCUGGAUUAACUAAAGCAGAGCUCCGGAUGCUCGACAAGGAUUUGAUGCCGUAUUUCCAGCCAUCAGCAAUAAAAUGCCUUCCUGAUGAGAUAUUCAAAGAGCUGUCCGCCGAGCAGAUCGCCUGCCUGGGUCCCGAGAACGCCGCGGCCGUGACCCACGCCCAGCGCCAGCGGCUCAGCACGGUACAGCUGCAGAGCCUCCAGCGGGCGCUAGAUGGCGCCAAGGCUCAGCCCUGGCAGGACGCGCCGGCCAGCGCCGGUCCCACUAGGACCCCAGCCUCGCGCUCUCCCGCAGGAGCUCCCGUCUCUUGGGGCCUUGGACUUGGCUGCCUCCUGCUGGGUCUAAUGGCCAAGCCCCUGUGGGGAGUGGCCUGA